CACAAGUUCAGUGUGUUCUUCGCGUUCGGCUCGGCUGACUGUUUUUGUGCUCUCGUUGAAUCAAAGUGUGCGGCGCCCCCUCCCGGAGAAGAGCAAGAAAGAAGGAAGAAGCAGGCAGCCAGCUCAGAGGCAAAAGCAGAAUAAAAAAAAAGACUCAACGCGCCGUUCUUUUUAAUGGCUGCCUGAAAAUUUGGACCUGAAAAGUGUGAAAAACGGUGUGAAUUCGGUGCAUAAUCAUGUUCUGAGCAGUGAAAAACGUGCGGAAAAGUGUGCUAGUGAAGUUUUGGAUAGAAUCGAAAAGUUUUCCGACCCGGAGCUGGGCCAUUUUAAGAUUUUCAUACCAACCACCGUUAAAAUGAUGUGUUCGGCAGUCCAGUAAUCUGCUGUAUUCCCACAAUGGAUAGUGCCAACGGCAAUCAUCCGCCACCCGUCCCCGGUGGGGACAUGAAACCGGAUGGCAGUGCAGGGGUAGGUCCUCCCCCUGUGACCCCAGGGAUACCACCAAUGCACCCAUCCGGAUAUCAACACUACGGUUAUGGUGGUCCUCCACCCCCAGGAAUGAUGGACCACCACGCCAAGGAUCCAUACUAUCAUCAUGCAGCGGCAGCUCGCCACUACGAUCCGUAUUCUAUGCACGCGCCCUACCAUUCGUAUCAACAUCCUUAUCACCAUCAAUCCCCUUAUGGGAGUCACUCUUACCAUCAUCAAGCAUCAUCGGGAUAUCCACAGGCAACCGGAAUGAUUCCGGGCGGUGGGCCACCAUCCUCACCUUAUUCUGGAUAUCAUGGACAUACCUCGCAAGGCACUAUUCCACAUCCACCCGCCCCGUCAUUGUUGGGCGGAUCAUCGGUAAUACCUGCUCAAAAACCGUCAGGAAAACCAAGUCCUACGAAAAUUGAAUCCGUCACACCGAUUCGAGACGACAAGAACAUGCUCAUCGGCCCUUCUGUUUCCUCAGCCGGACACGACGUGACAGACAACGCUACUUCGGGAAUUCCUCCUAAACGCAAAAUUGAAAUCCUGGACAAUGUAUUGAUCAAAAAGUCCAAGCAAGAGUUGGAAGCGGAAAAACAAGAAAUCAUUCCGCUUCCCACCACUGAAGCUGCCAACGUUCCAGAACCAACACCUCUGCCACCAAAACCACCAACGCCAACUGAUUCCAGUAAAUCAUCCUUCCAAAUAUCAAAUCUAUUGGACGAUAAACCCACUAAAACCGAACCCGCACCGAUAGUGGAAACUGACUCCACUCCAGCGGAUACUGCCCCAGUGGAACAACAGCAACCGGAACCGGAGCCGCCUUCCGAGGAGAAGCAACCAACACCGCCAUCCCCCAAAGAUGAACCGGAAUUCGUGCCAGAACCGGAAGAGACCGAUCCACUAGCACUUCCAUCAAGCAACACUAGCAAGGCGGAAGAGUUGGACGAACCAACAGCAUCAACGUCUUCACCACCUCAGCAGCAAAUGGACUUUGACAUCUCCGAGAAGCUGAAGGAAAUGGGCGAAAUCAGUGUUAAACCUGUGUCCAAAUCGGACGCAUCCAAUGCCAGCAAGGUGAAAGACUUGGAAUGCACGGAAGAGAUUUCGCUUGAGAUCACCAAGAAGGAUGCCGCCAUGCGAAAAGUUACCAACAUGAGGAAGAACAUCAAAGAGGUAAUGGACGACAACCAACUGGAUGCGUCAACGUUGGCCGCCCAGCGACAAGAGUUAGAGCGUUUGGCCAGAGUGCAGGAACAGCAACGGAUAAUCCGAGAAGUUCAGAGACAGCUUGCUUUAGAGCGGCAAACCAACAAAACCGAGCAGAAGGUGAUGCAAUUUCUGCAAGGUCACGCUUCCAUCCUGAAGACCCAACAACCGGGAACCUCAACCUCGGUCAAGAUGGGCUACAUGAAGAACCCGUUCGAGACUAGAGGCCGACCGCCGAAAGCACGCCCGAUCCAAGCCAAUUUGACCCCUUCUGUGAGUAUCGCUCCGGUAAAAUCCUCUUCAGCAGCCGCAUCUUCAUCCUCUUCCCUAUCGACGAAGAUACCAUCAUUUCCAGUGCGGACUUUCGACGACAUGAUGGAUAGCGACGAUGAUCUGGAUGACGACGACGACGAUGAAGAAGACAGCGAAGCAGAGUACAUACCACCCGAAAAGAAGGAAGUAGUAACAAUCGAUAGUUCCUCGGACGACGAUUGUAUUGUGCUGUCCGACGAUGACGAAGAACCGGAAGACGAUUCCGAUGACGAUCCACAAAACAGCGGAAUGCACGUCAACGAUUCGUACAACGUUCCGGACGACAAGGGACGUGUCGUGAUCAACAUAGGUCAUGCCGAAGGCGAAGAGACAUUUUUUCUGGCCCCACAGAUUGCACGAAUCAUCAAACCUCACCAGAUCGGGGGCGUUCGGUUCUUGUUCGAUAAUAUCAUCGAAUCCAUCGAGCGGUACGAUACCAGUACCGGAUUCGGUUGCAUCCUAGCGCAUUCGAUGGGUCUCGGAAAAACGCUUCAACUGGUUUGCUUCUGUGAUAUAUUUUUAAGACAUACCAGCUCAAAAACGGUGCUCAUCAUAAUGCCCAUCAAUACGUUGCAGAACUGGUUGAACGAAUUCAACACGUGGCUACCGGAAGAUGCUGAAAAAAGUCCUUUGAAUAACCACGGGGAAGUGCGGCCCAGGAACUUCAAGAUCUUCAUUCUGAAUGAUAGUCACAAAACGCUCAAAUCAAGGGCGAAGGUCGUCUUGGAGUGGGCCAAAAGUGGGGGAGUUUUGCUGAUUGGUUACGAAAUGUACCGAUUGUUGAGUCAAAAGAAGAUGACCAAAAAGAAGAAGAAAAAGAAGAACGAGUCAGCACCAGUAGAAGAAGAGAAAGAAUCGACAGAAGACCAGAAGAAUAUGUUUGAUGAAAUCCACGAGGCACUGGUGAAGCCUGGCCCAGAUUUGGUAGUUUGCGAUGAAGGCCAUCGCAUCAAAAAUUCCCACGCUGGUAUUUCGGUUGCUUUGAAGCAGAUAAAGUCCAAACGAAGGAUAGUUCUGACUGGAUAUCCUUUACAGAACAAUCUGUUAGAAUAUUGGUGCAUGGUGGAUUUUGUUCGUCCCAAUUAUCUUGGAACAAAAACAGAAUUCAGCAACAUGUUUGAACGACCUAUUCAAAACGGUCAGUGCAUUGAUUCCACUCCUCAAGAUAUCAAACUGAUGCGUUAUAGGGCACAUGUUUUGCACUCGCUGCUUUUGGGUUUCGUACAGAGACGAUCCCAUGCAGUUCUCCAAACUUCGCUUCCACAGAAAGAAGAAUUCGUUUUGCUAAUUCGGAUGACCGAAUUCCAGAGGAAGUUGUACACGAUCUUCAUGAAUGAAGUUGUGCGAACCAAGGCUGUUCCAAAUCCUUUGAAGGCGUUUGCCGUUUGCUGUAAGAUUUGGAAUCAUCCUGAUGUGUUGUACAACUUCUUGAAGCAAAGUGAACGCGAUUUAGAUUUGGAAAUUGAGGAAGCCGAACCUGCUCCGAUAAUCAAAGGUGCUAAACCAUUAGUCGCUCCUCCCCCUGAGCGUCAUGCUCCUAAACCGGCGCCAGUGGUGGAGAAGAAACCAGAAGAAAAGAAGGAAAAGAAGAAACCUGGCAAGAAGCCAGCGGCUCCAAAGCCUCCCAAGCCGUUAGCUUUGAAAAAAGACGGAACUCCUCGUAAACCUAGGACAACCAAAAAGCAACAGCAAGCUCUCAAAAACCAACAAGCCGUUGGUAAAGAUGGCAAACUGGUUCCUGCUGCGACAGUCAGCCCGAGCACUCUCAAUAAGGAUCCCAAUGCACCCGUGGAGGCCCCCCAGCAACCUCCGGCUACUAUUCCGAUAGACUCAACAGCUAUCAAACAGGAAUAUCCAACACAAAAUAACUAUCCUCCUCAGCAACCGUCAGCUCCUCAGCAGCAGCAACAACAACAACAGGGAAUGUAUCCCGGAUAUCAAAACCAAAAUUAUAAUCAGCAAGCCCCUCCUCCAGCUGCACCAUACAAUUACAAUCAAGGCAACUACAAUCAAGAUCCGAACUAUAAUAACUACAAUAAUCAGUACGGAUCCAAUGAUCCCUACAACAACAGCAACUAUGGCAACAAUUACUACGGCCGCAAUGACUACAACUACAACCAGGGCUACAAUUACAAUUAUGACCAAAACUACCAGAACAACUACAACAACACUAACAACUACCAGAACAACUAUUGGGGCAACAACAAUUACUACCAGCAACAGCAGCAGCAGCCGCCGCAGAACAAUUCCUACAACAAUGGUUAUUACGGUAACAGCAAUCAGUACGGUUACACAGACCAACAGCAACAAUACAAUCAAUAUGAACAAAAAUGGGAUCCAAACCAGGCUCCGGUUCCACCGAUGCCCGAUCCCAACCAAACUACCUAUCCUCCUAACCCUCAAGAAACGGCACCUCCGCCACCUAUGGAUCCGCUGCUUAACCAGCAGCAAGCCAAUGCCCAGUACGCGGAUCAACCGUCGCUAGAAGACCUCAAAGAUCCGGUCAAAUCGGUUGAAAUCAAGGAAGAGAAGCCCACCGAAAUUGUGGACAUGGACACGAAGAUCAUCACCAAGGUUGAAGAAGACGUAAAACCGCCAUUGACACAGAUAAAGGAAGAAAUAAAAACUGAAAUAAAACAAGAAGUGCAAGAGUCGAACGGUAUUGGUGAAAAUGGGGAUGAAAAGACUGUUGAUACGAAAGUGGAUGUGAAGCAAGAAAUUAAGACUGAAGACGGGGUGAAAACGGAAGCAUUAGUGGCAGAGGUGAAGAAGGAACCGGAAGAAAAUGUAAAACAAGAGAAGGAUGAAGAGAACGACGAAGAAAAGAAAAUAAACGAAACGAAGCACGAAAUCGACGAAGAAAAGUUGAAAGAUGAGUUGCUCAAGAUUGAAGAUGAGUUUAAGGCAAAAGAAUCGAAAGAUGGCGGUAAAGAUGGUAAAGCAAAAGAUAAGGACAAGGAUAAAGAGAAAGAGAAAGACAAGGACGAAAUUCCCUACGAGUGGGCGUUCGAGCUAAUGAAAGGUUACGUUCCGGAUCUGCUGGAGAGUUCACCCAAGAUGGAAAUCUUUUUCUACAUUCUGGAGGAGAGCAUCAAACUGGGUGAUCGAAUGCUAGUUUUCAGCCAGAGUUUGCUGACUCUCAAUUUGAUUGAGAGAUUCUUGCAGCGCAAUAAGAUCCCUGGCACGGAAAACAACUGGGCAAAGAAUGCCAGUUACUACCGACUGGAUGGUUCAACAACGGCCCAGGAACGCGAGAAGUUGAUCAACGAGUUUAACUCGAACCCGAACAUCCACCUGUUUCUGGUGUCGACCCGCGCUGGUUCGCUGGGUAUUAACCUGGUCGGUGCGAACCGGGUCGUAGUUUUUGACGCCAGCUGGAAUCCCUGCCACGACACGCAAGCCGUUUGUCGCGUUUACCGAUACGGUCAGAAAAAACCGUGCUUCGUGUAUCGCUUGGUGGUGGACAACUGUUUGGAGAAGAAGAUUUACGAUCGACAGAUCAACAAGCAGGGCAUGAGCGAUCGGAUCGUGGACGAGUGCAACCCGGAUGCGCAUCUUUCGAUGAAAGAGGUGACCAGUUUGUGCUACGACGAUGGCGAAGAUGGAGAAGUUAAGGACUUUAGCGAAGACAAGGAUAAAUUUAUCGAUGUGGUCAUGCAGAAUUUGUUGGAAUUGUACUCCAAGAAGCUUACAAAGUCACCGUUUGCCCACGAGAGUUUGUUGAUCGAUCGAAAGGAGAAGAAGCUGUCCUCGGCGGAGAAAAGACAAGCGCAGCGAGGAUAUGAAUUGGAGAAACAAGCGGCUACCAAGCCGAGCUAUUCCUACACAUCGAUGGGAACGACGUACAGAGCUAUCCGAACCCCGGAUGGCUCGAUCAUUCAUCGACCUGUUGCUUCGGUUCGACCUAUGCAGGCUGAUGGCGGUGGUAAGAACUCGGUUGGUGGCAACAGGCCGACUAGGUGGAUUCCGGCUGAAGUUUGGCAGCGACAGGGAAUGACUGCCCAGGAAAUGACGCUUCCUAUCGAUGUUGUGAUUCCAACCAGUUCUGCGGACAAAUCCAAUAUUGUUUUGAAGGCUGGACAGAAGGUGAUGGUGUUGAAAUCACCUAAGGGAAUUUAUAUGCAGUUGGAAACGGGAAAGAUCAUUGCCAUAAGGACUGCGUUCAAGGUCGGGCAGGGUAAGGAUGCAGGUAAGGGCGGUGCUAACGCAACACCACGAAGGGCAAGUGCAGCUUCGACAGUCACGAAGGCGUCGCCUGGAGGUGCUUCAAAGGACGAAGGCAAUUCACUUAGCAUACCGUCGAACUCGGAUGACGAGGAUAAGUCAGAUUCCAGCAUAGUUCCACUCGAUCCGGAGGAUAAGGACGGAAUGAACGUGGAUGAUUAUCCUGAGAAAGGAGAAAUUUUGGAUUGCGAAUUGAAGAGUGAUGAAUUGGAAGAAGGUGAGAUUAGAGAUGGAUUGGUCGGUGGUAAGGGUGGUACUGUGUCUCUUCUGAAUGUUGCUGCUUAUACAAAUGCGUCGUCAGGACCUUCCAAAGAUAAGGGCUCAAAAUUCCCUAUGAUACAGUCAGCAUAUUCCUUGGCUCCCCAAGCACAAGAAGGACACGGGAAAAACUUUCAGCAGGCUGACGGGCAUCCGAAUGGUCCUAAGCAAACACGACAGCAAACGCCUCCUGCUACCGUUACAAUAGAAGAUGAGAUUCCUCCCUUAAGAGAAAAAGUUGUUUAUAAACCCAAUCUCGUUGAAAGGAAAUCAAAAGUUCCACAAUCUUCACUUAAAAAUUAUAGGCACAAAGCAGGCAAAGCCCCAGAGCCCGGGCAAAACAAAUCAAGCACUGCAAAGCAAGCCCCCGAAAUAGCCCCUGCUGGUCAGGCAAAUGCAACAAUGGAUUCUCAAACAAGUAGUGAUGUUCCUUCGCCACAGGUACCACCAACACCGACAGGAGUUUCCGAUCAAUCUCAACCGUAUCCAGCCAUGGGACGUCAGGUGCCACCUAAUCAGCCACAGCCGCCUCCGCAAACGAUACCUAGUCCUCAACAACAGCAGCAGCAGCAAAACUAUCCACAAUCAUCCAGUUAUCCUUCCCAGCCUCAUCAGCAAACCUCUUACGGCGUGCCAAACUCCCCAGCUGCCACCAGUAAAAGUCCCAUUUUGCAUCAACCUCAGCAUAUGCAUUCGUCAUCCUACGGAUCUCACAAGCAGCAUCAACCACCAUCGCAACCAUCUACUUGGAAUCCAUAUACCAGCAGUAACUCCUCCUCCGGCUACUAUGGUCAACAAUCCCAUGCUCCUCCUCCCCCGCCACCAUCUCAGUACGAAUCAAGUCUCAAUUUUCUGGAGAAAACCACUUCUGCCAUCAUCAACAACCAAAAUCAGAGCGAGUUCCAAACUUCCCUCAGCAACAUUACACGUUCGCCAACGCCCACCGACAACUUCAUGGAGUAUGAACCGAAAGUGACGCCCACCGGGAAGAAGUCCGCGCCCAAAAAGCCACCCAAGCAGCCCAAGAACGACUAUAAUGCCGCCAAAAAGGCUCUCAACAAACGCAACAAUCCAUCACCGUAUCUUCCGGUGUCAUGUUCCUCGGCAUCGUCAUCCCCGUCGCCAUCGCCUGCUGUCAUGAACCAUAGUCAGAACAGCAACAGCAGCUCGCUCAGCGGUACUCCUACUCCAGUACCACAACAGCAACAACAGCCAAAUGCAGCCUCUGCUACCGGACCGUUCCCGGGAUACUCUCCGACGGCGUCCACCGGUGGCACUGGCUAUUACGAUCAGUAUUCGCAACAUCAGCAACCAAUGCAUCAAGCGGCAACCGGAGCUCCAUCAGCUGCUGGUUCUGGCCUGUACGAUAGUCACGGUUCCUCGAUGAAUGCACAGCAACCGUACGCAGGCCCACCGGUGUCGUCGUCCUACGGUGGUUCAUCGUAUACAUCUAGCAACAGCACAAACACAUCUGUGAACCGUUCAAACUAUUACCAAUCGCCUCCGGCUUCGGUAUCAACCGCCAACACCGCAAUGUCCUCAUCAACGGUAUCAACCGAUUCAUCUAGUUACUAUCAUCAGCAACAGCAACAGCAGCAGCAAUCGACAACGACACAACAGCCCCAGCCAAACCAGGUAAGAAGUCACUCCCGCGGGUCUUCAUCCCACGGAUACGUUCCUCCACCACAACCACCAGUAGGCUCGGCACAGCAGCCGAAUCAGCACCAUCAAAGCUAUCAAGCCACUUCGGCGGCCACCGUAAAUCCAAGUGAUGCCGCAUCAAAUUACCAGCAACAACAAUCAUCAGCUGGCCCUUCCACUUUCGCACCAUACUCCUCGUACAACAGUACUGCUCCGAGCAGUGCGCCUGCAACCACCCAAGCGGUAAGCUCCAAUGGAUCCGCUUUCCAUCGGCCGGAAAGUGCUGCUCCUGUAGGCAGUGCGGCCGGUACCGAUACUGGUAGUUUCGAAAGUCCUCCCACUUACAUCCCCGAUAACGGCGCCAAUCCCUAUCAGUACCCCUAUCAGGCCCCAGGUUAUCAAACCCAGGGCUAUUAUCCCCCUCCGGCAUACCCUUACUAUCCGGCGGCGGGUGCCCCAUACUCAUCCAGUGAUUCCCAGUACCAUUCAUAUCCGCCACCGCCGCCACCUUCCAACUACAACUAUCCCCCGUAUCCUAGUCAACCUGGCGUCGUACAGUGGCAGUAAUUGCGUGCUGGCAAAGUAAGGCGACCGUCAUAGUAGAAUCUACUGUAGAAGUAAAUUCAUGUAGGUAUUGAUAACUGUUGAUAAUGCUCUCUCUUUAUGCAUGGCUCCGAUAAUUUUGUCGUUAGUUUUCCGUGAAAAGCAAACUGCUUUAAAUGCUUCCUGUUCCUUUAAGUUAUUAUGAAACCCCAAAUGAAAUGUUUACUAAGUGAAACAUUGAACCAUUGUAACAUAAUGCAUGUGGAUAUACAGCUAAUUGUGUAUGAUGCUCUCUUUUUUUGUGAAACAAUCUCCAAGUGAAUUAUUUUUAUUUUUAUAGAACUUUAUUUUUAUAUUUGUAUCAUGAAUAAACCACGUGUUCCUAUACUGAGAAAGAGAUAAAGAAAAUACAUUGCACAAAAUGCAUCAUUGUCGAAAGAAAUUUUUUAAAUGCUAAACAGUAGUGAAAAAAAGCUUGAUAAGAAAAAGUUGCGAUUUAGUGAUUGGCUAUAGAAUGGCGCCAACAUUUAGACAACAUACGAAAUUAAUCAUCUUCCUAGCGUGACACAAAUAACAACCAACUUUCGAUAGAGCUACUGUAGAAAGACUACGCGUUUCGCUUAUAAAAAGGUACGAGGUAUGAGGACUUUAUAUUUUUGUUUGAAGGUUUGAUUACAUUUCCAAACGCGUUUGACUUGGAAUAUUUUAAUCAAAAAUGAAAAAAAAAUGGUUCUAGGUUUCAUACUUUCCUAUAUCAUAAUCUGAAUAAUUUCAAUUUGAACAUAUAAUACUACAAUUAACUAUAUAAUUACUGAAAUAUCCGAUUUGAAAACAUUCUUUGACAAACUUUGACAAAUGUAUCUUCUAUAGCCCUCGUUCGACAUUGGUAAAACAAGGAAGGACAAGGACACUAAUCUGGAAUUGAACCAUUUUUUAAAUCAUCACACUUUUUUUGUUAGUUCUUCACUGGUUCUCUUAGUCACAAUGUCACGGUCGCCAUGUAACUUGCUUGUUACAUAGACUGUGAUAAUCUUCGGUAACGAAAGACGAACAUGUCCUCCUUAUCUACUCCCGGAUCAAUUUAUUUUUUUGGUAUACUUGAUUGAAAUUAUUCCAAGUCAAAUAACUAAAUAUUCUUUAAUUGAAUACGUGGAUCCAAUCAUUAUUUUUGUUGAAACAAUGAAAAGUGAACAAAAACUCUUCGCAACCCAAAACAGUGCAAUCUUUUUUGUUGAUGUUCUAUAUGUGAAUUUUAUUUAAAGCUGUUCUUUUUUUUCUCAUAGAUAUUUAUACGCAAAACAGCCAACUUAGGACUUGUGCUAACAUUGAGCACAAUAAAUAAAAGAGUAACUUCAAAAGGUAUAGAAUGAUGAAUAAUAUGCUAAUUGUGGACUGUUAAACAAUAACCUAAAUGAUUUAGGAACAGGAAUAAAAUAUUGGCUCUGCUUGAAAGUAGUGCUUUGAAGAAACAUAAAGAAAACUAUUCCUAUUCAAUCUAAAGCAAGCAAAGAUAAAAUAUAUAGCCAAACUGCAAUGAGUGUUUUAUCCUAAUAACAUUUGAAAAAAAAGUAUGAAGUAUUUUGCAAUACCCUAUUAUUUAUUAUCAAUCCUCCCGCAAAACUGCACGCUGCCCCCCAAAAAAACAGCAUUGUAAGCAAAGGCAUUUAACAACUAUCCAAGUCGUUUUUAGAAUCUCAACUACCUAGUUAUAGUAGGAACUGCUGAAUGUUCGAGAGAAUCCGUUGUCGUCGUUUAGAAUUAUCUUUUCCUAUAGUAGUGUAUCGAAGGAUUAUCAGAACAAAUCUACAUGAACAUUUAGCAAGUACACACUUCCAUACCGCAAGCCAGUUUACGCACGUAUCAUUUCUAUCGUGAGCUUUCUGAACGUCGUAGAUCUUACGCCAAUAUGAAAGCGUACGACUGAUUUAAAGUGAAGGUGCGAUAGGUGAACCCAACAGACUUUCGAUUCAACUUGUCGUUCAUUUCGUAUAUGUUAUCGUAUCGGUUCCAUUCCUGCUGACAUCAGAAAAAAAAAUCGGUUAGAUUUGUACAUUGAUUGCUCGCGAUCGUUUCGUUUUUUAGGAAAUUUGUUCCGGGUACAAACUGUGUAGUUUUUGUAUGAUAAAUGGGUCGAAUCUUCUUCCACUCUUGUUUUACUGUAGGUUUUAAUCGUUUUGUCCCCGCGCUAUUGUAUAAGUUAGUAUAGUAGGUAUGUAUUUAAUGUUGAGUAAACGUAUAGAAACGAAUCGUGUAAUGGAUUGUGUUUAUCGAGAAGAAACGUAUGUAGAGGGGGCGUGCACCCCCCACUAGGAAUGAUUGUGUGUCAUGUGAAUACUGUGCAGGACAUUGUACGAUAAUUUUAAAUUAACUGAUAUCGACUAUGAUAAUACUAACACGAUACUAGCGUAAUGUAUGAACCGUAAUACAAAGUAUUUGAAAAAUUAAA